CGGAUGCCCUUCCAGCUGCAACCCAUCUCUGAGAAAUAAAGGGAAAGGAUCGGCAGAGGAACACGAGGCGGAAUCGAACUUGGGAUACCAUGAGCACCGGAGUGCAUGUGUCAACACACUUUUCUUUUUUUUUUUCCAGCUAAUGGUUCCAGCUGUUACCGAUCACAGACAGUGGCGCGACGGUACGGAGGCAGCCUCCAGUGUAUCUCUUCCGGCUGAAUAAACUACCGAGCAGCGUCUGUUUGGCUCGUCGUCGUGUUUCCCCCCUCGUCUCCUGUGUCCAUCAUUACCAGGAGCAUCUCCUUUCCAUCACCACAACACACAGAGUCACCGUUCAUAUACUCACCGUACUCUCACCGUGGCUCCGAGUUCCCAUGGAAACCGCGGGGAGUGACAGCAUGCAGGCGGCGUGUGCCCGCGUGUGAGUGGGCACCGAGAGCUGAGGGAGGAGCCACUUUCUAUACUGCAGCAUCCAAGAAGCGGGAUUUCUCAUUUACACACAAACACAAACGUCUGAACAUCUUAGUUACUGCAGAGAAAGCUGGACCGAGUGAAACCCCCCUUUCUCUGCCCCGCUGUGGAAUCCGUGCCUUGACCAACCAGUGUUUUGUCGGUCUCUGGUGAAUCUAAAGCCAAAAUGUCUUCUAAACUGCCUUCAGGCAAACCUACAUCCCCUUUCAGGAAGAGAGGAAGCCUGCAGUACACAGCCAGUGGAGUAGAUCUCCGUGUUGGCAGACACCUUCUCACAUCCCAGUAUUCAUUGCCUGGCAACCCUGUAACCAAGCACGGCCACAUUGACCUACGCACCUCCAUGGAUGGCAAAUACAAAGAGAUUGCAGAGGAGCUGUUCUCCCGCAGUCUGGCUGAGAGCGAGAUGCGCAGCGCUCCAUAUGAGUUCCCAGAGGAAAGCCCCAUCGAGCAGCUGGAGGAGAGACGGCACAGACUCGAGCGGCAGAUCAGCCAGGAUAUCAAGUUUGAGCCUGAUAUCCUUCUACGAGCCAAACAGGACUUCAUGAAAACAGACAGCGCUACGGACCUGGAGUAUAUGAAAGAACAGAGCCAGACACCCAUAGAAAACUAUCCCGAGAGAGAGCUUAUCCCGGAGAGAGAGUACCAGAGAGUCACUAUCUCUGGAGAGGAGAAGUGUGGGGUUCCAUUCACUGACCUGCUGGACGCUGCUAAGUGUGUGGUGAAAGCUCUGUUCAUCCGAGAGAAGUACAUUUCUCUGUCCUUGCAGAGCUUCUGCAGGACCACAGCACGAUACCUGCAGGAGGAGCUGAGCGAACAAACGCCUGACAUCAGCACCUUCGACGAGAUGUCAGAGUCCUCCAUCUCUGCAGAUGCAACAGUUCACCCACCUGUGUCAAAAACCCACCCGUAUGAGAGUCUUGACCCUGCCAACAUGCCACCAGCGCUGGGCUACACAUGCAAGAUGGUGGAUGGUGUUGUUCAUGUGUACACACACAAUUCGUCAGAGUUGGACCUGCCAUACCCAGAUCUUCAGGAAUACAUAGCUGAUAUGAACAUGAUGAUGGCGCUCAUCAUUAACGGACCAGUGAAAUCUUUCUGCUAUCGGCGACUGCAGUAUCUCAGCUCCAAGUUCCAGAUGCACAUCCUCCUAAAUGAAAUGAAAGAAUUGGCAGCACAGAAAAAAGUCCCUCAUCGUGAUUUCUACAAUAUCAGGAAGGUGGACACGCACAUCCAUGCCUCGUCCUGCAUGAAUCAGAAGCACCUUCUGCGCUUCAUUAAAAGAGCCAUGAAGAAAUAUCCAGGAGAAAUCGUCCAUGUUGAACAAGGCCGAGGACAAACCCUGACAGAAGUGUUUGAGAGCAUGAACCUCACGGCCUUUGACCUCAGUGUGGAUACUCUGGAUAUGCAUGCGGACCGAAACACAUUCCACCGCUUUGAUAAGUUCAACUCCAAAUACAACCCCAUUGGAGAGUCCAUUCUUCGGGAAAUCUUUAUCAAAACUGACAACCACAUUGAGGGCAAAUACUUUGGGCACAUAAUCAAGGAGGUGAUGGCAGAUCUGGAGGAGAGCAAAUAUCAGAACGUGGAGCUGCGUCUCUCCAUCUACGGAAGAUCAAGAGAUGAAUGGGAUAAACUGGCUCAGUGGGCCGUCACACACAAGGUUUAUUCAGAUAAUGUGCGCUGGCUGGUGCAGGUGCCACGGCUUUUUGAUGUUUACCACACCAAAAAACAGCUGUCAAACUUCCAGGAGAUGUUAGCGAACAUUUUCAUGCCUCUGUUUGAGGUCACUGUCAAUCCCAGCAGCCACCCAGAGCUGCACCUCUUCCUGCAACACGUUGUUGGGUUUGACAGUGUGGAUGAUGAGUCCAAACCUGAGCAUCACAUCUUUAACCUGGACAGUCCAAAACCUGUCAACUGGACGGAUGAAGACAAUCCUCCAUACUCUUAUUAUCUGUACUACAUGUAUGCAAAUAUGACUGUACUCAACCACCUGCGCAGGCAAAGAAACAUGAAUUCGUUCGUGUUACGUCCUCACUGUGGAGAAGCAGGGCCGAUUCACCACCUUGUGUCUGGAUUCAUGCUGUCAGAGAACAUUUCCCAUGGCCUACUUCUCAGAAAAGCUCCUGUACUGCAGUAUCUGUAUUAUCUGGCUCAGAUUGGCAUUGCUAUGUCGCCGCUCAGCAACAACAGCCUCUUCCUCAGCUACCAUCGAAAUCCACUGCCUGAAUAUCUGUCCAGAGGCCUCAUGGUGUCUUUGUCCACUGACGACCCUCUGCAGUUCCACUUCACAAAGGAGCCACUGAUGGAGGAGUACAGCAUCGCCGCUCAGGUGUGGAAGCUGAGCUCAUGUGACAUGUGUGAACUGGCCCGAAACAGUGUGCUCAUGAGCGGAUUUUCAAACCAGGUGAAAAGCUACUGGUUGGGGCCGCAUUAUAUAAAAGAGGGACAAGAGGGCAAUGACAUCAGACGUACCAACGUUCCUGAUAUCCGUGUGGCGUAUCGCUUCGAGACUCUGUGUGAAGAACUGAAUCUGAUCACACAGGCAGUGCGGUCAGAGGAGCUGGAGACGGUCAAAGAGGAGGGAUCCCUGUGCAUGGCUUCAAUACGCUAACAGUGUUUCACACUUUCAAUUAUUCAACCAGUGCAGAGUGUGAGUAAAAGGUUAAUCAGGGAAAUGUGGGACUGACUUUCUGUCCACAGGUAUUCACCUAAACCCAAUUGAUAGUAAUGUUUUGUAAUUCAUUUGGAAGCAUUGUGCAGUUUUAAAGGGAUGGUUCAGUCAUAAAUGAGAAUGUGCUAAUUUACUCACUCUCAGGUUACGGAAGAUGUAGGUGACUUUUUCUUGAAAGUUUUUAGCUGAAACUGUGGUCGUUGGUGAUUCACAUAAAGUAGUUUAACAGUUACCAGCAAUUUAAUGAAAGUUGCUGCUGAAUUUUAUUUCAGUAUGAUGACAUAUUUCUAACCCAAAUGUAACUGAGUAGAGGGCGGGGUUUUAAUUUUUGAGCUUCUCCUCUCAUCUUUCACUUGCAGCAAGCUAACGGUUAGAGGGACGUGAAAGCAUAUUUCACCCAAUCCAUUAAAAUGACAUCAUCCCUUUAUCCAUCAGGGGUCGCCACAGAGGAAUGAACCAGCGGCUUAUCCAGCAUAUGUUUUACGCAACAGAUGCCCUUUCCAGCCACAACCCAGUACUGGGAAACACCCAUGCACACUUAUUCACACUCCAGAGCACCUAGAGGAAACCAACACGAACACAUGGGCAAUAAACAAACUCCACACAAAAAUGCCAACUGACCCAGCUGGGAUUUGAACCAGCGACCUUCUUGCUGUAAGGCGACAGUACUGAGCACUGAGCCACCGUGUCACUGAUUAAAGACCAAACUAACUUUUAUUUAAUGGAUUAAUCUUUCAUUUUAAGACUAGCAAUGUUUCAUAUAAGUUAGCGUCACGCUAAUCUUGCUAAAGCAGGACUAGUCGACAUCUGUAAAGUGAUGUCAAUUCAAUUGAAUUCAGGGUUCUAUGUUCUAGAGUUUCCAUUUUAGAUGUCUGACUUUUAGCGGCAUUCUAGACAUUGACUGCAUCCGAAACCACCUACUACUCAGUAGGUUCUGCAUUUGAAUUUAAAUGUAUUACUCGACUGUUAGAAAAAGAGUGUUCUAUACAGUAUGAAUAUGGGUAGUAUGAAUGGAACUCGAAUGUACUACAUCUGCCACCGACAUGACCUGCCUGCGUAAGUUGUGUUGCUUCACUCCCAUUCAUAAAUUUUCUCGUGAUACAUUACCUGAUAGCGUAGCAGCCAUCAGAUCUGCACUUAAGAAUCUGUUUUUCAAAAUUUUUGAAUUUUGACGUACUACUCGGCCCACAUACUGUUUUUAGCGUACUAUAUAGUAUGGAAAUAUGCGAUUUUUGGAUGCAGCCACUAUUCCUGAGUAUAAAGUAGGAAAACUCACUUUUGGUUUGUCUAGACCAUAGCAUAUUACCCAUGUCUCCUGAUAAUACACUGUUAUGAAGAGAAAUAAUAAGAUGUGCAAGAAAGUCAACAUUAUUACCUUUUGUCCAAAGUCAAUGGCGAAAUGACCCUGAACACAUUUGCAGCAGUUGCAUUUGUUGACUAGUUUAUGAAUCACCAAGCAGUCUCAGCUAAAAUAAAAUUCAGUUAGUGUUCUACUAAAGAAAAAAGUCACCUCCACUUUCGAUUGCCUGAGAGAGAGUAGUUUAAAUGAAAAUUUUCUUUCCUUUUUGGAUGAACUAGCCUUUUAAAGCCCUAUUUGCUGGGAAACUGACAGAAUUUGCACAAAGUAAAUGGCAUUGUCGUCAAAAGCACACCCAGAUUUCACAGAAAAUUAACUGAAAACGUAUGUUCAGAGCUCCAGGAAACCUCAAAAAUCCCCCCUCUGUAACUGAGGACCUUUACACUGUCCAUAACCUGCAGCAUGAAAUUCAGCAAAAUGGUUUACACUGUCAUACAUAAUGAACAUUUGGUGUCGUUUGUACACUUGUUCUGAUCGCUAACAGCCAUAAACAUUGGUUUGUUGGCUAUUCUGGUGUAAACUGAAAUACACACGCACAUCUCCGUUAUGAGCCGUCAUCAUCAUGUCAUUUUUCAAUGGACAUUUAUUUCCGUUAUAUUCUUGAUUUUAACAGUUUCUGCUUUAAUGUUUUUAUUAUUGUGAGAUUAUUUAUUUUAUAGUGGCUGUAUCCAUUUUUAUGUGUCUGUAAUUGAGUAAUUAUUAGUGCUAUUUAUUGUAAAUUCCACAUAAUAUCAAAGUCAAGUUUAUUUUUUCUGCUGUAUUCUGUAUCUCAAAAUAAAAAUAUCAUAAUUCUGCCUGUC